GGUUCGCAGUAGGGCGAGAGAGAAAAGGAGAGGAGGGUCCUUCACCUGUAGAUUUCUUUUGUACCAUUUACCUGUCUUUCAGCAACGUAACAAAUAAACCCGCGGCACUUUUAAAGUAGGCGCUCUGUGCCUGGCAUUUUUUGCACCGCUGCGCACUCGCUAGGAAUAACUUUAUUCUUGCUUGCUUUUUUUUUCUUUGUGUGUGCCUGUCCGGGAAAUUGUCGCCCUGUGCCGCGAUCCGAGGGGAGACUGCGGGCUGUGCUGCAUGGAGGGAUGUCGGCAUGGCUUGCACCAGGAGAACCAAAACUUUGGUGUCCACAUGCGUGAUCCUGAGCGGCAUGACCAACAUUGUUUGUCUGCUCUAUGUCGGAUGGGUUACUAACUACAUCGCCAAUAUUUACAUCAAGGUCCCCAUGCCUUUAGCAGUGGGAAAGUUGGAAGGGGACAAAAAAGGAGACACUCUCCGCAUAAUGGAGCGAUUGGAUCGGCUGGAGAGCGUGGUGAACCAGCACAUCCAGGAAACACCAGGGAAGGGAGAAGAUGGGCUACCAGACACCUCAUUCUCUGACUCAUCCCUGUUCGCUCACUGGGGCCAGGAGCUCAGUCCAGACAACCGGAGGGUGGCUCUGAAGAUGUUCCAGUACUACGGAUAUAAUGCCUACCUCAGUGAUCGUCUGUCCUUAAGCAGGCCAAUUCCUGACCUCAGACCCGAUGGGUGCAGAAACAUCACUUAUCCUCUGAACCUUCCUCAAGUGAGCAUUGUGUUCAUAUUUGUGAAUGAAGCCUUGUCAGUCAUCCUGCGAUCCAUCCACUCUGCCAUCAACAGGACACCCUCCCACCUUCUUAAAGAGAUUAUCCUAGUGGACGACAACAGCAAUAACGAUGAGCUCAAGGAAAAACUGCAGGACUUUGUGUCGGAAACAAACAGUCAGCAUCCAGGAUUCAUAAAGAUAGUGCGGCACACCAGGCAGGAGGGGCUGAUCCGGUCCAGAGUGAGUGGAUGGAGGGCUGCCACUGCCCCAGUUGUUGCCCUAUUUGAUGCCCACGUUGAGUUCAAUGUCGGCUGGGCUGAACCAAUACUGCUGAGAAUUAAAGAGGACAGAACACGCAUAAUCUCCCCAUCAUUUGACAACAUCAAGUACGACACGUUUGAGAUUGAAGAGUAUCCACUGUCCGCCCAGGGCUUUGACUGGGAACUCUGGUGCCGCUACCUCAAUCCACCCAAGACCUGGUGGCACAGGGGCAACAAAAGUGCCCCAAUCCAGAGCCCGGCUCUGAUUGGCUGCUUUGUGGUGGACAGACUGUACUUUGAGGAGAUUGGUCUGCUGGAUGAAGGCAUGGAGGUGUAUGGGGGAGAAAAUGUGGAGCUGGGCAUCAGGGUGUGGCAGUGUGGUGGCAGUGUGGAGGUCCUGCCCUGUGCUCGUAUAGCCCACAUUGAACGUGCUCACAAGCCGUACACAGAGGAUCUGACGUCUCACGUUCGGCGAAACGCCCUCAGGGUAGCCGAGGUCUGGAUGGAUGAGUUCAAAAGUCAUGUCUACAUGGCUUGGAAUGUCCCCAUUGAGGACUCAGGGAUUGAUAUUGGAAACAUCUCAGAGAGAAAAGCAUUGAGGAAGAGACUGCAGUGCAAAACUUUCCGCUGGUACCUGGUCAACAUCUACCCCGAGAUGAGGAUGUACAGCGACACCAUCGCAUAUGGAGUUCUGAGAAACUCUCUGAAGAACGAUCUGUGUCUGGACCAGGGACCCGACAACGACAACGUCCCCAUCCUAUAUCUGUGUCAUGGGAUGACACCACAGAAUGUGUACUACACCAGUAACCAGCAGUUCCUUGUCGGGCUGCUCAGUCCCACAGUUGAUGACGACGACAACAAGUGCCUGGUGGACGUAAAUGGCAGGCCACGUCUCAUUGAGUGUAACUACGCCGCAGCCAAACGUAUGAAGCUCCACUGGCUCUUUACUCAGGGAGGAUCUAUUCAGAACAGAAAAUCAAAGAGAUGCCUAGAGCUUGUGGUGAACAGCGACAAUGAGUUUGGCUACCAACUGGCUCUGCAGAAAUGCGCCGGACAGAAAUGGUUCAUCACAAAUGUGUUGUUUAGCAACUUGCUAUGAUCGUGUGCCGAAGGAAAACACUGGAGUCUUUUUCAGAGCACGUUUGUGUGUAUCUGGCUGCAUAUCAGCGCUGGGUGAAAGGAUAAGAAGCAGGAAACGCUGCAUGGUUGGAUAAGUUCAUUUUGAGCCAUGAUGUCCUCUGAUGAACGGCCAUCAUUUCAUCCUAAAUGUUAAACAUUUUAUUUCACCAACGAGAUCAGCCAUAAGUUGCAGAUAUUUUGCAUACUUGACAAGAUGGUAUAUUUAGUAUAUUUUAUGGUAAAUGUAUUUUAGUCAGAUUUCUGUUGACCUGCUGUUUUGUUUAAAUUUGCUACUGUGUAGCAAGCUUUCGAAACCUGUAAUUAUUUUUAUUUUUGUGUCUCAGGUUUGUAGAUUUACUAUACAAUGAAGCUGUACAGUUGUGAGAAAUGUUGAAAUAAAUUGGGACAUGAUAUUUUAUAAAUGUUAAAGGUUUUCUUAUAUGUAUAUCAGUAAAAAAAAAAAGAUGAGAACUACUGAGUACAAGUGCCUUUUAUAUUUGUUGCCCAAAGGUGUGUGAUA